GAAGAUAUAGGUAGGAGCGGAUAACGUUUUUCAAGGUUCGUGACUGUGCGUUUGGGUUUUGUGAUUCGCAUUUCGAAUGACAAAGACGAAGAAAGAACUGUUAGCAUCCGCGCCGUGGAGGGGCGUUGAUAGUCAGGCGGAGAAAUUCAAAGACGCCAAGCUCAAAGUGACGAACCAGCCAGGUGCUACCCCAACCAUGCAUAUCCCUCGCAAGAGCUCCGUCUCUUCCAACGGAGAUGACGAUGAUUCUCUGACCAAAAUUGACCAGGAACUCCGCUACAGCUUCCAGCGUAAUGUCCAGGUAACCUCUGUCUCUCUGUCUCUCUCUCUCACACACACACACACAGACAUACACAUACCUGUACUGCAGUAGCCUGAAAGUACCAUAAAUAUUGUGACCCAAUUGAUUAUAAACAUUAAUUUUGCGUUUCUAUUUCUACGCAAUUUCCAGUGUCUUUUUUUUUUGUUCUAGUUGCCCAUGAAUCUUCUUAUCUCUGCAUAGACACUCAAGUAUUUAUGCGAAGGUUAUGUUCCACAUUAUUCAAUUCUUAGUUUAUGUGUGUAGAUCAUUUGAUUUUUACCAGCAAAAACAAAAAUAAAAGGUCAUUUGAAUUUUUUUGUUCUAGAAUUGAAUAUUAUGAAUCUCCUGAUGACAUUUUAAAGUUUUCCCAUUUAUCCCCGCGAUGAUUACUUAUUUUUAAAAUUUAUAAUUUGUUCUGACAAACUAAAUCCUUUGAGAUAUUGAUAUAAAUAUGAAUUUUUAUGAACGGUAUAUGCUGUAAUUGUUUGCAGCUCCACCUUAUGUAAGGUGAUUUUUAUUCAAUGUUUCUGGAUUGCAUCAACCAAUGGACCAAGUCCUUAUUUGAAUUACAGGUUUCUUGUACUCGUGGAUAGCCACAUGCAUUCCUAAGGGUUCAUUGGCCCCCACAUUGAAAAUUUGAGAACUAAUAAUGUUAGGCCUACCUACUCUAUUAUCUUGGCGAUUUCGUGACCUGUAUCUUGAUUCUGGCAUAGUGAAAAGACAUGCAAUUGAUUCUGGCAUAGUGAAAAGACAUGCAAUUG